AUUACCCGCUGAUGUGGCAUGCCUAAUUGAUCAGCAAUUGCCUUUAUUUUUUUUCUCCGUUUUUUGAGUUUUCUCUUCUUUUUUCUCAUUUACCUUAUUCAAUGGAGUAAUAAAUUUCUUCUUUUAUAAUUUACCGAUUAAUUUAAUUGAGAAACCCAACCGUUUCAUUCUUCCUUCAUUGGUAGUAAUAGCCAUUAAUUUCUACCAAAACCCUUUCUUCUUCCUCUUUGAUGACAACAAUUUCAAACGCUAAUAUCUCAUUUUUCUCUCCAUGGAUAAAAAGAGAGUUCCACUUUUCCUCCAUCAUCCAUGAAGACGGGAAAACCGAUCUUGGCCUGUGUUAUCAAUACAUGCUGUCACAAAAAUUUCAAGCUUUCUUGCAGCGGACUUCACAAAUCGUGCUUAUGGCGCCGGAAGAAGAGAAGACGAUUCGCCGUUCUCCUCUUGAUUUUCCCAUUCUUUCACCGUCUGUCAGUUUUAGUGGGAAUCAGACUAUGCCAAAGACGCAAUUACUCUGCCUGCAAGUUACAGUAGUACUGGACCUGCAUCAUAUCCCCUCACCUGUUAGCGAUGUUGGUUAUGGUGGAAAUUUUUGAUCUGAUGUCCGUGGUGGUGGUCAGGGUAGCCCAGCAACUCAAAUAUGCCUCAUGUUACCGUUGAAGAACUCCAAGAACUUUUUGGAAGCAUUGGACAAGUAAUAUGAAAUUUUUUUUGGUUAUGAUUAUUGUUUUAGAGUUAUUUUUCCAUUAGCAAAUCAUUGUUUUUCUUUAAUUCACAACUCCAUGAUGUUCAAUGUGAUAUUGCUACUUGGAGGAUGAAGAUAACAUGUAUCUUUUAAUGAUAAUAUAAAUAUUGCAUGAAUUCAACCCGGCGAAUCGGUGCACAGUUUGGUGUGAUGAAUGUUAAUUUAAGUUUACUCUUCUGUAGUCCUGCUUGAGGUUAGUUUCAGCUAGGAUAGAAAGAUUUAGUGGUCAAAGUUGGAAGCUGAUGAAGGAUGAUUUUGGCUCGGUUAAUGGAGUUUUAAUGGAACUGUGUUAAAGAUCUUAGUUAUAUUUUUGUUCGAAAACAGUAAUUCUAAUAUGAAACUUUUAGCUUUAGUGUCGCAUCAAGAGAAAAUAAUCAUGACUGUGUAUGAGGAAUUGUCUCCAACUUCCGGAAACAAUAGCCUCAAUUAGAAUAAAUGCUCAAACUAUUUUUAAUACUUAUUAAGUUGCAUUAAAUCAAGUUAGACCAAAUGUUCCAACUCAUUCUUCUUCUAAUUCUCAAUCAUCUAAAAGAACUGCGGGAGUAAGAGCACUU